CAAUGCACUUUGAGUACAAAGUACAUUCGAUUCGUCAUUUACUUGCAAUAGUGCUUUACACAGCUUUGAGCUUUCGGGCGUGCUGAGACAGGAAUAACGCCAUUGUGGAGGGGAAAUUGUCUACGUAGUUUCGGUUUUUACGUCUGACCACGAUCUUUGGGGAUGUGUAGUGGAAAAGCAUAUUACCAUACUUUUGAUUAACAUCCAAAACUUUUUGUUUUCUGACGAUACUGAACUUGAAACUGGCUGGGGAACGUGGUUUAAUUUUUUUUAUACCUGUCCACCACUCUGAAUUGUACCUUGUGGAGUUACCACGACGAGUCAUUUGGAAUCUCACCAGUAGUGGUUCGGUUACAGAGUUAGCAGACACCUUAUUUUCUUGUCGUUGAGAGUUUCACACGGGUAUUCAAUGAUUCUCUUGAAAAUAUUUAUAGUUUUUAGUGUGACAAAAAUUGCAUUUGCUCAGAGAUUUUCAGUUCAAGCAUGUCCUGAUGCGGGAUUGAAAUUCAUAUACAUAAGUUCAGACGUGGGUUGGAGGGGUCUUGGAUGGGCAUGGACACAAGAAUCGCAUAAAGUUCAUAAAUUGAUUUUAGAAAUAGAUUUUGCCACAGCAAGCUUACCGGAUACAACAAAUUUGGGAAUACUUAAAAUAUUGAACUUCUAUCCGGUCCGAAAUCCCAAAAAUGACAAAAAAUGGAAUAUAAUUUAUGAAAUUAUAUUCCCAAUUCAAGAUCCUCUUCCUGAUGUUACAAAAAUUGUUUGGAAUGGUCAAAAUAUAUGUGAUAAUGCAGCUGCUAUUACACCGGAGAAGCCAUAUGUAAUAAAAAUGCGUGCAGUAUACAAUGACUACACUAAAGAGCAAUCGUUUACUACGGAAUUGGUUAAAAACCCAGUAUCCACAACAGCCGCAGCACCAGUACACAACAGUACAAGCGAUGAUGACAGUAAUACUGUUGGUUGCGGUAAAGUAGAUUUAACAAAUAUCUAUGUGCCAUUGGUGUUGGAGGGAAAAACAAUUGAAAGAGGAACAUGGCCAUGGUUAGUAUCCGUGUAUUCAUAUUCAAACCUAAAACUUGGAUUUAAAUGUGGAGCAACGCUCAUUUCGGAUAAACUAGUAGUAACAGCUGCCCACUGCUUCUUCGAUAUCUACAAUCGACAAGUUAAAACUGAUGAUGUCCUCGUCAUUUUGGGGCAGUACAAUUUGAAACGACCUCAAGAUCAAGGAACAAGGAUCGUUUAUCCUGAAAGCGUUAAUAUUCAUCCACGCUAUGCGAAACUCAAUAAGAUUGAUUCGGACAUUGCUGUGGUUGUUAUGCCAGAAAGAGUAAAAUUUACUACAUACAUUCGUGCUGCAUGCCUGUGGAAGGGACCUGCAACGAUAGAUAGCAUUGUUGGUGAAUUGGGUUUUGUUGCAGGAUGGGGUCGUGAUGAGAAUGGGAAUUUCUUUACGGAAUUGCCAAAACAAAGUGAAAUACCUGUGGUAUCCGAUGAAGUUUGUCUACGCUCUCAUCAAGCUUUUUCCAAGAUUACAUCAGAAGUAACCUUCUGUGCUGGAUGGCGCAACGGCACCGAAGGACCCUGCAAUGGAGACUCUGGAGGUCCACUUGUCUUCGAUAGGGAUGGUCGUUGGACACUCAGAGGAGUUGUUUCUACAUCCCUCCUGACUGAUGGCAGCAACACCUGCAAUUUGAACGAAUAUGUUGUGUUUACGGAUGUUGCAAAGUUUACAGAAUGGAUAACAUCAUUUGAUUCUGAAUAUAAUUUUUAAUCUUUUUUGUUAAUUAUAAAAUUUGCCAAUACUCCGUACAAAGAAUCAAAAGUUUCAGUUUAGUAGCUUACUGUGUACAGGAAAUAAAGAUACUUGAGGAAAUAAAAAUUCCGAGGAUGAUCAGUGAAAAA